AUGUCUAGCACCAGAGCUGUCGUACCUCUGGAAGACGAUCGUGUCGAUUGGAUGCAUGAUCGUUAUUAUGUUUUGCAGUCUCAACUUUUCAUGGGAAACCCAGUUUGGCCUCAUCCUCAUUCUCGUGUCGUUGAUGGUCAACUCGCGUGCCCUCAACAACAAAAGAAGCCAUUGGCCAAUUUCCAAUGUGCUGAUCUUCCUCAUCCCGUAAAAGUCCACACCACAGCCUAUAAUAUAAUGAUACUUACAACUAUUAAUGUCUAUCAUUGUUUUAAAAAGAAUUAUAUUUGCUAG